CGUCCUUCACCUUCUUGUAACAACAUGGCUGUGUACCAGAAGAGCUCCAACCCUUUUGAAGAUGACGAUGACGAUGACAUGUCUUUUGGGGGUUCUUCGUGGAAAGCAAAUGAACAGAACAGGAGCAAUGACGCAGGCGAAAGACGGGAACAAUUAAUGAGACAGAUUGAUGAGUCGGAAGCCCGACAACUGGAGAGUACACGACGAGCUCUCGCUAGUAUUUACGAAUCAGAAGAUACAGGAAUAAAGACUGCCGAGGAGCUGUCUCGUCAAGCAGAGACGCUGAACAACAUUGAAAAGAAGACCGAUGAUGUCAACCGUACCCUCACCACAUCUCAGAAACAUCUCAACAAUAUCAAGAGUGUGUUCGGUGGAAUCAAGAAUUGGUGGGGUGGUAACAAAGACCCUAACGCAUUACCCCCAUCAAAGUCAGAACCUAAGCCGAGUCCGCUGAAAUCCAAAGUCGACACCUACCGAGAGUCUCACGAUGCCUAUUCAUCAAACCAAACGGACACUAGUGGUUUCUAUGACGACAAUGACAUUGACAGUCGGUUCAUGGCCGGUGCCCGGAAUACCGGGGGUCAGAAACAACAGAUGGUUCACAGGAUUACCAACAGUGCUCAAGAAGAUGAGAUGGAUGACAACCUAGGUUUGAUGAGUGAAGGAAUGUCGAGACUGAAGAACCUGGCCAUGGAUAUGGGAGAUGAGAUUGGACGCCAAAAUGACCAGCUUGACCGCAUUAACGUGAAAACUGACCGGGCCUUGCCUCGGUUAGAAAACCAGAACAAACAAAUGAAGAAAAUCCUGCAUAAGUGAACAUUCUGCAUCAGAGAAGAAACAGCUGAAGAUGAAGACAAGAUACUUUUGUCAAUAACAACUUCUCAUACUUUUAUGAAUAGCAGUCUAUUGUCAGUCACAGAAUAAUGUUUUUAGUUAAGUUGAUCAAGAUAUAGCUACUUUAUAUCUCAAUGUCUUUCCUUUUGUGAAUCUUAAUAGAUUGUCUUGUCGUUAAGGGCAACAGUUUGCUCUUUACAGUUGCCUCCCUUUGGUUUGCCAGAAUCCUUUGAUCUGAAUGGUUGCUAGCAUCAAGCCUGUGAUUACUGAUCUUAUCAAAGAGGAAACUUCUAGCAAUAAAUACCAGUUAUGAAAUGUAAAAAACUAGUCAGUUGGCAAUAUCUUAUGCAUGUUAAGAGCUGUACCUAUAGGGGUACCUAAAAGUUGGUGUUUAUUUUGGUCUUGGUAAAAUGGAUACAAACAAUAAUGUUUGUAUCUGGCAUGAUCAUCAUGCAAUAGUAAAGUGAAUUGAAUGAAUUCUUCAAUAUUCUUUGUAACACUGAUGCAUCAAUGUAGGCUGGAUGACUUAUCCCAUUCCAGCCUAAUAUGGUGUGACUGCCAAUAUAGGGUGCAAAGAGGCUACUAGUUUGUGUGAGUUUCAAACUAGUGAAAAUCUAGAGUCAGAAGUUUUGGCAACAAAAACAAAUAUAUACUACACAAACAACUAGUCCAAAAUAGCACCCGACUAGUUUGAUUUAACCAAUGAUAUCUACCCCUACCUUCAGGCCAUCAAAGUAUUAGACAGAAUUCAUUAUUGACUGAAUUUUGUCUUGUAAAUAUGCUGAAAAUAGGAUCUACUGGCUUAAAGUAGGAUAUUGACAUUAUACAUCAUAUCAUUUCCAUAAGGUCAGGUAGGGUAGCCGGGUGGUGAGAGUGUUAGACAUUCUGAAGACCCAGGUUCAAUCCGUGGAUGGGUACAUGGUGAGAAAUUAGGUUCCAAUAUCCCCAUUGUCAACUGUUGCUAAGAUUUGUUGUAUUAGACCAUGUUUCUUCUCUUACUUAUUUUCAAAGUUAUCAGCUUUGAAAACGUUAUACAGGGCUCGAUUUAAGUUAACCUACUUAAAAAGGUGCAACCUAAGAUAAAAACCUAGUUACACCAGCCAAAUUCCAAUCGCACUGUUUUUAUUGCAAUAUGUAAUGUAAGAAAUAUGCUAUUGAAUUAUUUAGAUGUUUUAUGCAGAGUUUACCCACUCAAAAAAUGACUUACACCUAGUGCAAGAUAGACUAAUAAUUAGGUUGCACGUUGUAAUAUUGGGUUGCACCCGUGCAAAUAACAAAGCACUAAAUCGAGCCCUGUUAUAGUUAUGUCAGUAUUGUGGAUGUAAAUAGUGAUGAUGUAUGUAAUUAUGUACAUAGACUGAUGAGCUUAUGUAUAAUGUGUUAUCUAUUUGAUAUAUGUUUUUGGCUUGGAGGAAACAGGGGCGUGAGCUACCAAGUUGUCUAAAGUACUGCAGUUCGCUGUGUGGAGUUUGAUUAUUUGGCACAGCAGAACCAAUGGUCAUGGUUUGAAUCUGGGUUGUAGGUUUCUAGAUUUGUUCCCCAGGAUUUGACCAAGUGGUAAACAUCUUAGACCUGCAUUACUAGGGGUGAAACGGUACGCUUUUACCACGGUACUGUAUAUAUUGCAGUACAGGGCCUUUGGUUCGGUAUAUAUAUGAGAUAUGAUUAUAAUGAAGAAAAUUGACAAGAGCCAAACCUUACAUUGUUUAAUAACAUGGAAAAGAAAUAACCAUAAUCUUUGAUAUUUUGAGUGAACAAAACUCAUUUUAUGACUAGAUAGAAAUGAUGGUACGGAAAACCGAAAAUACAGAAUUUUUGGAUUGCAUUACAGUAUCCCGAAUUGAAGGCAAAAUACCGCGGUAUACCGUUUGACCCCUGUGCUUUUGAAUUUACUUCAGAGUCCCCUCCCACACCAUCCUGAGAGUGACACACUAUAUACUCUAUUAUUACUCUAUCACUGGUCACUAAGUGAUGUCAAACCCAACUCACUCACUCACUCAGAGGAUUUAUUUGGCAGUCUAGGCCCAAAACCAUAUAAGCAACAUUUGAUGGUCAAUUCAGUGAACAUAUGCUGAUAACAUUCUAAGUAUUACCAUGGUAACUGGACACACAAACAAGUAGUGUAGGUUGAUUAAACAUGAGUAAAUCAUAAAUAAGGACCCCGUGAAGAUCCUGGUUAGAAUUGAUCUUCAGCAACCCAUGCUUGUCGUAAGAGGCAACUAACGGGAUCUGGUGGUCAGAUUCGCUGACUUGGUCGAUGCUCAUGCUGUUGAUCACUGGAUUGUCUGGUCCACACUCAAUUAUAUACAGACUGCCACCAUAUAGCUGGAAUAUUGCUGAGAGCGGUGUUAAAAAACAAAGAAAGAAAGAGAUAAAUGAUGACAAGUCAGCCUGUUUACUGUUUUGGUUGCCUUAGUGAAAUGAUUUAAAAAACUCUUUUUGUCUUCGUAAUUGCUGAAGUCAUGUUUUCACUUUUAAGAAUAUAAGGCUAAUAUAUUCCCAUUUGUUCCAAAAGCGUACAACAGUGUUUUUCUGCAGUAGAAUUGUUCUGUAAAGAAUAUGAUGUGAGAAACAUGUAACCAUGGUAAUUUGUUGUUUGAUAUCCAAUUCUACUGACUAUUUUGUGUUAUGAAUAUUAAUUUUUGAAAAAUACUUCUUUCAUUCUUAUAUAUUAUAGAACAAAAUGUGAUAACUAGAUACUUUUUAAACUCACAUUGGUAUUGUGAACUGAAAUAUGAUUCAUUGUCAUCAGAUGUUAGAAAAAUAUGGUAAAACUGUAGACUGAUCACCAACAUUCCAGGUCAUUGUUCAGUAAAUUAUACAUAGACCGUA